CGGAAGCCCUUUUAAAGCCCAGACCGCCGGGUCCGCUCGUGCCCCGUGCCGGGCUACAGCGCUGGGCUCCCCGCGGCACUUCGCCCUUCGUUUCGGUCUCGGCCGGAGUAGACGGGCAGCGGAGCGGCUUUGUGGGCUCGCACCAAUGGCCGGUGGGUACGUAGCCAGCUAGCACCACCUCGCAGAAACUUCCCCGCACCACCACCAUGCCGAAUGCCAAAGGCCCCGCGGUGCCGCUGGGCAGCCUGCAGCGCCAGCUGGAGCUGCUGCUGGUCUGCUCCAAGUGCAGCGUGAGGGAGGAUGAGAUCACCUACCACCUGCGCCCAGUGGAGCACAAGUGCAUGUAUGAGAUCCUGCUGGCCCGUUGCCGCAGCCGGCAUAGUGUUGCUUGGAGGAAGGUGUUCCGGCGGCCAGGCUUCCCGAACCCGGCGCGUUACGCCGUCUGCAGGUACUACAGGUUGGGCUUGGGCUGCAGCAAGCAUGGCAACCAGUGCACCUUUGCCUGGAGCCCAGAGGAGGCCCUUGUGUGGAACUUCGAGCGGGAGCACAACCUGGAGCGGCGUCGGCUGAAGGCAGCGGUGCUGCUGGCACAGCAGGGGGACAACUCCAAUGUGCAGUCUGGGGACAGCUCCAGCACCGAGCCCCUGAGCGCCUGCAGUGAGAUCCUGAGUGAGUUCGGGGGCCAGUUCCAGGAGAUCUGCAGGCUUUGCUUCUUCGGCUGCCCUCAGCGCAUCUCGGCGGGCGGCCACGGGCGGCUGUGUGAAUUGCACCGCGUCUGGGACCCGCUGCUGGUGCACGUGGUGACCGACAGCCGCCGCAAGAAGCAGUACACUGCCAUCCGGCCCUGCCCCGAGUUCAUGGUCUCCUUCAGCUACUGCCACUUUGUCUCCAAGGGACAGCUGUGCCGGCACGGUAACAAGCGCUGCCAGUACGCUCACAGCGACGUGGAGAUGGCCGUCUGGGAGGCUGAGAAGGAGCACGGCCUGGUGCGUUCCGACCUGCUGCCGGCACCAGAGCCGUGCGUGGAGAAUGGCAAACCCUCAGCACCCGCCCCGAUGCACUUCUACUGCCGCCUGUGCCUGGUGACCUUCAGUUCGCAGGACAGCUUUGAGAACCACUGCUCCUCCGUGGAGCACACGCAGAUGCUGUUGGCUGACACCUCCGUGCAGUGGGUGCACCGUGCUCCACCACCUGGGCUCAGCACCUUCAAGCUGUGCAGCAGAGCGGAGGUGUGCGAGAUGGGGGACAGCUGUACCAAGGCUCACUCCAACGAGGAGCUGCAGGAGUGGAUCCAGAGGAUGAAGGUUGUUGCCAAGAAGAAGAAGCAAGCCAUAAAGGAAGGCCUGGUGUCCUACCAGGACCGGCUCAUUGCUGAAUACCAGACGUGCUCCAACGAGGUGCUGAUUAUAUCUGAGGAUGUUGAGGGCAUUAAAGUGGUGUGCCAGGAGCCCCUGGAUGUGCACUCAGAGGACAGGCAGCUGAAGUACCAGUGGAAGUUCAAGGUUCACUCCCAGAAACCCCUGCAACACGUGGCGCUGCUGAAGCGAGAACCCGGAGCCAACUUCUACCUGUCAGGAAAUGGGCUGGCGAGGGGCCUGCAAUACCUCCGGGGCGAGCAUGUGGCCAUGCUGCCAUCCAACCCACCCGUGGCACAGGUGGAGGUCUCCUUGGAGUGCUGCACGCUGGGCGUCUUCGAGCAGUGGGUGGUGUUCGAUUUCGGCAGCCGCCCCGUCCUCAUGAAGAAGCUGAAGGUGAGGGUGGGCCGACGGGAGGCUGCCCAGCGCGUCCCCACUGGCAGGAGGAACGGCCGCACCGUCAACUUUGUGCGGUGGAAUCGAGGCAAUCGCAUCAUCGUUCCCAGCGUGGUGAGGACCAGCGAAGACGUGGAUCUGUUGGCCAAGUACAAGCCUGCUGCUCUUUCCUUGGACACCCAGCGGGAGGGCGGUGCGAGCGCCGUCAUCACCCGCAUCAACUACCGCGAGAGGAUGCACAGCUUCCUCUUCCGCGAGGAAGAAGCCGAGCAGGCUCUGAUUGCCAAACUCAACCUGCGGGUCCUCAUCUCGCUGACCUCCACCAUACAAAACCUCUCCAUGGGGAUGAAGAUCGCCCAGGCUGGCGAGCUGUUUGCUGAAGUGCCUACCCCUUAUAACCUCUCACCAGACACAGAUGAGGGAUAUCUGCUGAACAGGUCCGUGCCCACAGCUUUCCUGGCACUUGACCCACCUGUAGACAAUCGAGUUUAUGAGGUUAGCGUGGAGAAUAAAGCCACCACGGAGAAGACAAUCUGGCUACAGAUACCAAAGAGAUGUUGCUCAGAGCUGAACUUAAAGCCAGAAACUUCCCACAAUGUGGAGAUCCAGUUCCAAAUUGACCAGCUGCUGUUCCGGCAGUGGCACCAGGCUGUUGAUCGCCUGUUGGAUGAGAAACUGGUCCUGCCUGAUGUUGCCAGCUGCUCUAUCCCCUGCUGCCUCCAACAGCCACAGACAGGGAACAGCAAACAGAAGUUGGCCAUCUCCUUCAUCACUGGCCAGGCAACCAGCAGGCGGCAGGUCCCACCUCUUCUCAUCUACGGGCCGUUCGGCACAGGCAAGACGUUCACGUUGGCCAUGGCCACCCUGGAGGUCAUCAGGCAGCCCAACACGCGGGUGCUGAUCUGCACUCACACCAACAGUGCUGCUGAUAUCUACAUCCGGGAGUACUUCCACAAGUACGUGAUCAAUGGGCAUCCCUGGGCUGUUCCCUUGAGGAUUAUAGCCACUGACCGCCCCAUCAACCUGACUGACCCCACCACCCAGAUGUACUGCUGCCUCACUAAAGACCGGCGCUUCUUCCGCUACCCCACACAGGAGGAGAUCGGCCGACAUCAAAUCAUUAUUACUACCUCCAUGCUCUCCAAGAACCUGAAGGUUGCCCCGGGGUACUUCACCCACAUCAUGAUCGAUGAAGCUGCUCAGAUGCUGGAAUGCGAAGCUUUGAUUCCACUCUCCUAUGCCACUUUCGAGACGCGGAUCGUCCUCGCUGGGGACCACAUGCAGAUAACCCCAAAGCUGUUCUGUGUUGGGGAUGGGCAGUCUGCGGAUCACACCCUGUUAAACAGACUCUUUCAGUUUUACCAGAAAGAGAAGCAUGAAGUGGCCAUGAAGAGCAGGAUCAUCUUCAACGAGAAUUACCGUUCCACUGCAGGCAUCAUUGAGUUUGUCUCCAAGCACUUCUACGUUGGCAAAGGCAAUGCUAUCCAUGCCAGUGGGAACAUUCCACCCCACCCUGAAAUCUACCCGCUCGUGUUCUGCCAUGUUCCUGGUGUGGCUGAAAGGGAUAUGUCCAUGAUUUCUUGGCACAAUGCUUCUGAGAUAAUACAAGUGAUUGAGAAAGUGGAGGAGAUAUAUCAGAGGUGGCCACAUGAGUGGGGUGUUCAAGAUCUGAAGAGGAUUUGUGUGGUCUCCCAUGGGAUUCAGGUUUCUGCAAUAAGACAGGAGCUGAGAAAGAAGCAGCUACCAGAUGUGGUGGUAGAAAACUAUGAAAACUUGCCAGGCCGUGAGUUCCGGGUCAUCAUCAUCAGCACAGUCCACACCAGCGAGAGCCUGCGUGUCUCAGCCUCCCACAACCUUGAGUUCUUCAACGAGGCCAGAGUGCUCAACACCAUCAUGACGAGGGCUCAGUCACAGGUCAUUGUGGUGGGAGAUGCAGUGGCCUUGUGCUCCUACGGUCAGUGCUGCAGGGUGUGGAAGCGCUUCAUCCAGGAGUGCAUUGAGAAGGGGAGCAUCUCCCCAGCAAACCUGACCAUGGCCCAGAUCAAACAGGCGGCAUGCGACAAGGAGAGCUGGUGCAGAAGGAGCCCAGAGGGCAAUGAUGAGGACAGUGACACGGAUUCCUGGAGCUCUGAGACCGACAGCAUGAAUCCCGACGAUCCCAUCCUGCAGGAGCUCUUAGAUGAGAGUAAGAACGUGCUGGUAACAGUGUCCGAAGAAGGGCUGCUCAAUGUGAAGUCUGACGCUUCAAAUCAGUGGGAAGACAGGCGGGAAUACGUCAGCUUCUCUUCUCAGGUGAUGCAGAAAUAUCUGCACAUGCACCCCCAAAUGUACAAGAGGUGUGAGCUGGUCAAAGAAAGGUUUGACGAGGCGUCAGCCUUCCCCCUUGAUGACUCUCCUGCCGUUACCAUUCAGAUCAAAGGCAGAGUGCACUGCGGGACAGCCUUCACUGGCGACGAAGUGCUUGUGGAAAUCCUGGAGAACAGCACAGCUGACAGCAGCGGCCUGCGGCCCCAGGGGAAGGUAGUGGGCAUCCUGAAGCGCGCCGAGAGAGAGCGCAAUUUCAUCUGCACAGUGGACGAGUUCGAUCCCCGAGUGAUGGUACCCAUCGAUCCCACUGUCACCAAAAUAUUUGUCCCGGGGCUGAAAGAGAAACCUAAUGUCAUUCCUGUCCGCAAGCUUGUCAAUGGGAAGUACAAAGUGGUCAGCUGGAAGAAGAUCAACCAGGACACAAGGAGAUGCCAGAUCUUCUCUGUCCAGAUCAUCGCCUGGCGGGAGGGUUUCUACUACCCUUUGGGGAUAGUAACUGAGAUUUUGCACGUGGCUUUGACUUCAGAAGAAGGCUUAAGGAUUCUCAACUCAGAGUAUGGCUUGGAGAGGAAAUACCCGCCUGUUGUUACCAAGGAAUUAGCCAAAUACAACACCUCCAGCAAACCAAACCCCAGCAAGGAAAACCUGAGGGACUGUCGGAGUUACCUGACCUUCACUGUUGAUCCUGAAGGUGCGAGGGAUCUGGAUGAUGCUAUCAGCGUCAGGAGCCUUGAACAUCACUAUGAGAUCGGGAUCCACAUUGCAGAUGUGGCUAGCAUCAUCCCCAAGGGCAGUGCUGUGGACCUGGAAGCAAAGAGGCGAGGUGUGAGCUACUACGCUCCUGAGCAGGAUCCGGUGCACAUGCUCCCACCCCCCUUUAGCAACGACAUCUGCAGCCUCCUGCCACAGAAGGACUGUCGUGUGAUCUCCCUUUUUGUCACCGUAGAAAAAAAGACUGACAAGGUGACUAAUGGAAUCUUCACCCUCUCUGUGAUCCGCUCGGACUGGCAGCUAUCCUAUGAAGAGGCAGAGCUCUGCAUUCAGGACCACUACCAGGGAGGUGCAGAUGCGCUUCGUUUUGAUACCCUGGAGGACUGCCUCGCUGUGGCUUAUCACUUCUCCAGGAUCCACAGGAAGUCUCGGUUGCAGGAGGACUGCUUCUAUGACCAGCUGGAUGAGGGAAGCUUCCCGGGCAACAGGCGGUCCCACCAGAUGAUAGAGGAGCUCAUGAUCAUGUUCAAUAGCUUUGUGGCUGAGUUCCUCACUAACAAGGAGGUCACAAAAAAUGUCACUCCUGUCCGGUGUCAGGGUGAGCCAAACCCUCAACAGAUUUUACUCAUGAAAAACAAGUACAGCCAUAUCAUUCCUCUGUCCCUCCACCUCUCACACCGCCUGAAAGAUGAGCCUUCUAGCCAACCCCUCUCCAAAGAAGUAGAGUUCUGUCUCCUGGGCCCCAUCUGGGAGCACCUGCAGUCCGCAGCACAUCUCUCUGACCUCCAGAAGAUGCUAGACCUUGUUGUUACUGAUGACAUCCACCCAAAACUAGCUCCUGUUGCCCUGGAGUUCAGGAGGCUGCUUGGCCGCUCCUAUUUCUGUCGCUCCAACUCCACUGCCCAGUCCAAAGUGGGCCAUUACUCCCUGAAGGUUGACUCGUACACCUGGGCUUCCUCUCCCAUCCGCCGAUACAUGGACAUCGUAGUGCAGCGGCACCUCCAUGCCGUGCUCCGCAAGAAGCCCAUCGCCUGUUCUUCAGAUGACAUUGACUUCCUCUGUCAUGACUUCAACAGGAAGAACUCCAAGGCAACAAUGUACGAGAAGAGAGCCCGCUGCAUGCAGAUGGCCACCCAGCUGAAGGGCCAGGUCAUGCAGAAGAUGGCCUUUGUAGUAGAUAUCGAAGGAACGGACAGGUACUUUAAAGCUCUGUUCCCACUGAAUAAAGAGAGCCUUCCUGAUCCCCAUGUAAUCAACUACAGGGCUCUUCAGCUGAUAGAGCAGCCCAUGUUCCUGCAGGACAAGAGCAGUGUUAGGCUGACGUGGAAGAGGAGGAUGUAUUCGGUGGAAACGAUGAAGAAGCACAGCCUGCAGCCCUGCCAUCUCUACGACCACAGCGUCACCCUCUUGCAAGCCAAGACGUGGCAGGAUAUGCUCAUGGCCAUCAGACAGGAGAAAUUUGAUGCCCUGUCCUCUCUCCUUCAGAACAGCAAGCAGCUCUACAGGCGGCGUGUGGGCUGGGUGAGGAAGAGCGAUUGCUCACACUACGUGGAAAUCAUGGUGGAGCUGAGGGCUGGUGACACGCUGCAGUUCCAGCUCACCACUGAUGUCUUCCGGGGCUUUCUGGUGCCCUUUGUGCAGCUGUGGUGUGUCACGCCAGGUUUUGAUGUCUGCCUGCAGCACACGGAAAAGCCGAUUGACUGCUUCUCUGCAUACGCCAUGCUGCCAUCCAAGGACAAGUACAGGGAUGCUGUGGAGUACAGAAAGGUGUGGAUGCCAAUGAGCGCCAUGGAGUCUGCGUCGUGUGCGGUGGCUGAAAAUGACUCCAUUGUCCUCCAUGACGUCAAAAUAUCCUGGGCAAAGCAAAGGACAAGCAAAGGGCAGCUGCAAGGGACUUUCUGCCUUAAAAAAAGCUUUCUGGAGGAGUGCUCCAUUGAGGUGGACUUCAACCACUGCUAUUUGUGCAUUCGCCUGGGUGGGCUGAAGCUCAGGAGCCUUCAGAGCGACGAGGAGUGCCUUAGCCACAGCCUCCAGGAGCUGACCUUGGGUCACAAGGAGAAAUCCAAAAACAAACUUGUGGUGGAUCCGGAUACGUAUACGUGGGUGGCUCACGGGCUCACUGAGGAGUUUGAUGAUCAGAAUUCAGACAGGAGUAGUAAGCAGACACUGAAUUUUUACAUCAACUACAUGUCUAUGGAAAAUGUCCCUGCGGAAAUCUCGCAGGACUCUGCCAGGUUCACCGUGGAGCUCAUCCCGAAGAUGCUGCCAGACGUACGGAAAGAAAAUGCAAUUUGGAGGCUCCAGCAUGCCUCCAAGCUUGCUAAAAGCAUUGCCCUUGGCUGUGAACCUCCAUCAAAAGUCACCAAGUCCAAAAUCCUGAAGCAAAAAUCCUUUGAUCUCCCUGGCAGCCAAAGGAAGCUCAACCAGAGUCAGAACGAGGCUGUGCUAAAUGCUUUAAGAAAACCUUUCACGCUCAUCCAAGGCCCACCAGGUACAGGGAAAACUGUUGUUGGAACUCACAUUGUCUACUGGUUCCAUAAGCUGAAUGAGGAGGCCACCGUGGAGGAGCCACUGCCAUGCUCUGCUGAGGAUGAGCCCCAGGGGAAAAGGUGCAUCUUGUAUUGUGGCCCAUCCAACAAGUCUGUGGAUGUUGUUGCUGAGAUACUGAUGAAGAUGAAGGACCUGAAACCACUGAGAGUUUAUGGAGAGGCCAUAGAGAUGCUGGAGUACCCAUACCCAGGGAGCAGCAGGCACCUCUCCCGCAAAGCCUUGCGGGAUGCAAAGCCAAAUCAUGAGCUCAGCAAGAUAAUUUUGCACCAUCGGAUCCGACAGCCGGAAAACCCUAAACAUGUCCAGAUCUGUGAAUUUGACCGUCGAGUGAGGGCAGGAGAGGAGAUAACAGAAGAAGAAAUAAAGAAGCACAAACGUAUCUUGAAGGAAGCUCGUGCUUAUGAACUGGCAUGCCACGAUGUCAUCUUGUGCACAUGCUCCUCUGCAUCUGCCAAAUCCCUGGAGAAGCUCAAUGUCAAGCAGAUACUCAUCGAUGAGUGCGCCAUGUCCACCGAACCCGAGACCCUCAUCCCUUUGGUCAGCCAUUCACGUGCUGAGAAGGUCGUUUUGCUCGGGGAUCACAAACAGCUGAAGCCUGUGGUCAACAGUGACUUCUGCAAGAGCCUUGGCAUGGAGACAUCUCUUUUUGAGCGCUACCAGAAGCAGGCGUGGAUGCUGGACACGCAGUACCGCAUGCACAAAAACAUCUGUGAGUUCCCAUCCCAGGAGUUCUAUGACCAUCGCCUGAAGACGUGUCCCCAGCUUCUUCGCAAACUCAGUGUCCUAUACCACAAGAAUAACCGCUGCUGCCCCAUCAUCUUUGGGCACGUGGAGGGGAAGGAGCAGAGCCUCGUGAUUACCACUGAGGAAGGAAAUGAGAACUCCAAAGCUAACCCAGAGGAAGUGGAGCAGGCGGUGAAGAUUGCGAAGCAGCUGACACUAGAUGGCACCAUCCGGCCGGAGAGCAUCGCCAUCCUCAGCCCUUACAACGCCCAGGUGUCCGAGAUCAACAAGCGCCUGCUGAAAGAAGGCAUCUGCGGCGUCACUGUGUGCACCAUCAUGAAGAGCCAAGGAAGUGAAUGGAGAUACGUGAUCCUGUCAACCGUGCGCUCCUGCCCUCGACACGAGAUCGACAGGAAGCCCACCAAGAGCUGGCAGAAGAAGUACCUGGGUUUUGUCACUGACCCAAACCAGGUCAACGUCGGCAUCACCCGUGCUCAGGAAGGACUCUGCAUUCUAGGGAACCGGUACCUCCUGGAGUGCAACCCUUUGUGGAGGAGACUGCUCCAGCACUACGUAAGUCAUAACUGCUAUACAACAGGCCAAGGGAUUUGUGUCAGGAAGAGCUCACCCUUCCACCGGUGAAGAGGAGAGAUGCCUGGCCGAGCUCAUCCCUCUUCACCUGAACUGUGCUACGUGUGCCUUCAGAAGGACGCAAUCUUUCCAUUAUUUGUACGUGAACCACGGGUCAAACGCACUGGGAAAAGCUGGGAUCUCUCCCUGCAUGUUGACAGCUCAGUCUCCAUAUGUGCACUGGUGACUUGUUUUUUAUAUCACUGCAACCUUGUAUAGGAACUUUCACCUCUAGCAAACCAAAAAGCGUUGGAAGUGGGUGGAUGGGCGUAUGUGACUUUAUUGAUGAUUAUUUUCAACUGGAAGAUGCUCAGUGCAGCCACCAUCCUAUCUGUUAGUGCAGCUUUGGGGACCAAAUACCUGUUCCACUUGUCGGAGGUGGAAUGACUGCAUGUGGCAGAUCCACACGGCAAGCUGUGAUUUGCCCUAUGGGACCAAAUCUUCUGAGUAGCACCACUCAUCUUAAAAUCAAGGCCAGGGAAUUUUUUAGGCUUUUUAUUUCUCAAAGCAGGAAAAUAAUCUUUUGUUGGCUUGUUUUUGUUCUCAAGAGAAGGAAGCAAAAAGGGAACCACGUUCCAUGCUGUCUAGCCAAAGUGCUGUUCUCCAAGCUUGUAAAUAUCACUGACCCAAGGCUAAGCUGGUUUUGUAAAUAGAUUUUACUCUUUGUACAAAGGAGGCUGUCCUCACCAAUGCACAGUCAGUGGAAUCUGAGGACAGCUCCUACGAGGAAAUGUUGGAGUUUGUAAAGAUAUUUUAAAUGUUCUGAGUUUUAUUUGAAAUCUCCUGUAAGAUUCCCCUCCCUUCUCCUCCCUUCCCUCCCCCCCCAUAUUUUUUUAAAGCUGCUUCUAAUUUAUUAAGGCUUAAAUCUGUGAAUUUGUUUCACAGUCUGUGGCCUGAGGUUUUUUUAAGAGCGGUGAUAACUUGGUGAGCUCAUCACACAACA